GGUUAGGGUUGUUGAUCAAAUUUUGGGAUUUACUGUUCAUAUAUAAGGAGGAAUCUGCCACCAUCAAGUGGAACUUUUUAACAAUACGAAGUAAUCCAAUUUUAAACAAUGGCUCGUACUAAGCAAACCGCACGUAAAUCAACUGGUGGUAAAGCCCCUCGUAAACAACUUGCCUCCAAGGCUGCUCGUAAGGCUGCUCCCGCAACUGGUGGUGUCAAGAAGCCUCAUCGUUAUCGUCCUGGUACCGUUGCUCUUCGUGAAAUUCGUCGUUACCAAAAGUCCACUGAAUUGUUGAUCCGUAAGCUUCCCUUCCAACGUUUGGUUCGUGAAAUUGCCCAAGAUUUCAAGACCGACUUGCGUUUCCAAUCCUCUGCUGUUGGUGCUCUUCAAGAAGCCGUCGAAGCUUACCUUGUCUCUCUUUUUGAAGAUACGAACUUGUGUGCCAUUCACGGUAAGCGUGUUACCAUUCAACCCAAGGAUAUGCAAUUGGCCCGUCGUCUUCGUGGUGAACGCGCUUAAAAAUAAAAAUAAUUCUAUUUUUUUGUUUCUUUAAGCGUUAUAUGUGCUAUGUAUGAUUUCGUAUGGGUCUUUGGAUAAGUCACUUCUAUCCGUUUUUUUCGCAUUGUCAUUCUUGUUUUUUUAAUUGAUUUUUUUUUUAUCCCAUAGUUUGUUUGAUGAACUCGGGCGGGUUCUCGAGUAAAAUUUUACACUUUCUCUAUGGUUGAAUUUGUUAUUUGAUUUCUUCUGCUUAGAUGGUGUCUUUUCGGCACUUUUAGUAAUGAUAUUUUUUUUGCGCGCAAAAUUGCUCAUAUGAUGGUACUCAGUAGAAAUAACUGUUUAUUAGGAAGGCGUAGCUUUAAGGAAUAGAUAAAUAUAAACUCUGUUUUGAAUUAACAGAUAUUAAUUAGGUUCCAGAGUAAUGAAAAGGUUAUAUUAAAAGAAGAACGAUUCAUCGAAUUCUGGUAUUUCUGUUGGCGCUGGUUUAAUCUCUUGGCCCAUAAUGGUGGUGUUUUUAUUUUCUGAAAGAACUGCGUAAGGUUCUUCUUUCCCGG